GAUGGCGCGAUUGCUAGAUUAUAGUAGUUGCUCAACUUUACUGUUUGUCACAUGGAACACACAGCAUUUAUUAUUUGUAAAAUUUCUUAAAAAUGUAGCAAAUAUACAAUUAAUAUUAUCGUAAAAUGUCUCAGGAUAAAAUAGUUGGCAUUGACAUACUAUUGGAGUUCUUAGAAGUUGCGUUUAACCAUAUACUGUAUUUUCGCAAAAUAUAUCCUAAGGAAAUUUUCCUUAAGAAGAAGAUAUAUGGAAUUACAGUAUAUGUGUCAGAACAUCCUGAUUUGAACGAAUACUUGAUGAACAUUCUGAACGCAAUCAGAGAAUUGAUAAAGGAAGAUGAAAACAGUGUUAAAGCCAUUACUCUUACCUUUUAUAAUGAAAGCAGGUUGCCAGUAGAAAAGUUCGUCUUUGACAUGGUUAAACUGCAGGCUGGACUUGCGGAGAAAGAUCCAUAUUAUUUAAAAACAGAAGAGGCACUGAAGACAAUCUGCUUAAAGUUGUCAAUAUGUGACACAUACUUGAAACCCUUGCCGGAUGGUUCAAGCUUCUCUAUUGAAAUUCAAACAUACGAAACUGCAUAUAUAAUUCUGAGCGAGAAUCCAAAAUGUGAAGACUUCCCAUGGAUUAUUGAAGAUAGUGCAGAAGAGAUGAUGAAUAAAAGUCUACUGCCACUGAAAGAUAUUAAAACAGAUUGUUUAAACUUACAGAUGUAUGUGAUUGAAGAUACAGCAAACAAGAUUUAAGUUAAUAUUUGUACAACCAAUAUCUUUUUGUACUAUUAUUUUUAUAUAAAACAUAGAAAAAUGUA